AUGGAUAACGAUAAACAAACAUUGACUUUUAAUCAACCAUUGAAAGAUGAAACAAUCAAAUUACAAAACGAUAGAUCAAUAAAUAGGAUUGAAAAUUUAUCUACAGAAUUGUUUGUUACAAUAUUUGGCUAUCUUGAUUGUUAUGAUAUCUAUGAAGCAUUUUCAAAUCUUAAUCAUCGUUUUCAACAACUUCUCAAUUCUUCAUUUCAUUUUUAUAAAGUUAGAUUUAAUAAGGCAACAUUUAAUGAAACAUUUACAAAUAACUAUAAACAAUUUCUUCAUCUUAAUAGUCGUAACAUAUUUUCCAUGCGAUUAUGGGCAUCGUUAGAAAAUGGUCAGUUCUUAUUGUCACUUAUUACCGAUUCGUCAAUGAGUUCACUUGAAUCUCUUCAUAUCUUUUAUAUUGAUUUAAAUCAACUUGUUCCAAUACUUAAUAAAUUAACUGCUUUAUCUCGUCUUUUCUCCUUAUCUAUUAUAAUAGAUGAUACAGAUGAAAACGUCGAUCAAAUUUAUCAAUUAAUACUUGCUUUACCUAAAUUAAAAUCAAUUAGUCUUACCAUUAAUUCAAUCGAUAGUCAAAUCAAUCUUCUGACGUAUACAAAAAAACAACAAAGUACUAUUGAAUAUCUUUCUAUUAAUCAUCGAAUAACUAUUGGCCAACUUUUUGAUAUUCUUGCUUAUUACACCUCAAGUUCGUCAUAUGAAUGUGCGUCAAACAGAAAUGCACAGUCGACGCAUCCAUCUUGA